AUGUCUACGUCGGUUUUGAAAAUUGGAGUAGCUAGCAUCAAAACGACCAUAACUGAAAAAGAGAGGGACAUCAACCGUCUUGUGAAGACAUUCUUGUCCAAUAAAAACAACACGAAGAAGAUCAUUGGUCUUGACACCGAACGGGUGCAAAAGGGAAGAAAGCAAAACAAAACCGCUUUGCUCCAGCUCUGCGAUGAAGACAAUUGCCUAAUAGUUUAUCUUCCCUCUGAUGAAGAUGAUGACGGUCUUCCUCUCUCUCUCUUCAACUUUUUAAAUCUACCUGAUUUCACCUUUGUGGGCAUUGGCAUAAACAACACUCUGAUGAAGCUGGAGAGCGAGUUUGGCUUGACUUGCAAGAAUGCUGUUGAUGUCGGAUCCGCCACGUGGAACCUGUCCAGUAACAGGAAGGCGGCUGAUUUGGAGUUUCUGAUCGGUAAUAUAAAUUCGACUGAGAAACCAACAAGCGCCGUCUUUGACGACUGGGACGACUUGCUUAACAAGAACCAGAUUAAGCUUGCUGCCUCGAAUGCUUACUUGGCUUUUGGCAUCGGCAACGUUCUCUUAGAUGGGUUCGGAUCUUAA